AUGAAGCCGAACAAACUAGAUUCAAUUUUCCCUGCGGCCAAGCACGUAAUUAUUGAGACCAAAGCGAGAGACACUUUUAGUAUAGUCAAUGUCGACACGGGUACAACUUUGAUACGCAGUGCGAAGUUCCUCAAAUAUGGGCCCAGUAAGCAUAUUGGUGAUGACAUUGAUGUAGACACUGGUGCUAAGACUGACGAGUCUGAUGGGUCUUCAGCCACGCUUUCAAAAUUACCGAGCCCUCUAAUAAGGUUGUGGAGCAAGCCUCCCAGAGUGACCAGGUUAUCACCACAAGAUCAAGAAGGCUAG